ACUAAACAUGAGAGUUUCUGAAAACCAUACUCUCUCGUUUGAUUCUGUGGUUCUGUUCAUCAUACUGACAUCUUCAUUAUUUCUUGCUUUCUUGAGUGGUUUCUUCCCAAGUGUCUCGUUAGCCAUUGUUCCCAGGAGGAUUUUCUCUGCAUCCUCUAAUUUAAACGAAGAAAGAACUCCAUAUUCUUCAUCUCCUGUUAAUACUUCAGAUUCCAUUGAAAUAUCAGAAGCUCAGGUUUCAUCUGGUUCGGCGCAAAUCAAAACGGCUACUUCCAAGAACAUUGGAGGUGAAAAGCUUGGCGAAGAAUUGAACCGUAAAGGCACAGAAGAAGUGAGCAUUACAAAUCAGAAGGACAAGAAGUUGAAAAAGAUUCAAGCAAGAUUGGCCCGAGUCAGAUCUUCCAUUAGAGAAGCUAGCAAAGUUCGAAACUUGACAUCAACCCACCAGGACCCAGACUAUGUUCCUCAAGGCCCAGUUUACAGAAACCCCAAUGCUUUUCACAGGAGUUACCUGGAGAUGGAGAAGAUGUUCAAGAUAUUUGUGUACGAGGAAGGGGAGCCGCCAUUGUUCCACGAUGGUCCAUGCAAGAGCAUAUACUCGACAGAAGGAAGAUUCAUACACGAAAUCGAAAAGGGGAACUAUUAUCGUACUGAUGAUCCAGAUGAAGCUUUUGCGUAUUUCUUGCCCUUCAGUGUGGUUAUGAUGGUGGCACAUCUUUUUACACCCUCCGGUGAUACCAAUUCCAUUGGUCUUUCUGUGAUAGACUACGUACAGACUAUAUCCGAUAAAUACCCCUUCUGGAAUCGAAGCAUGGGACUUGACCAUUUCAUGCUCUCCUGCCACGAUUGGGGGCCUAGUACAUCUUCUUACGUACCUCAAUUAUUCUACAAUUCCAUAAGGGUUCUGUGUAACGCAAAUACAUCAGAAGGAUUCAAGCCUACCAAGGAUGUUUCACUCCCUGAAAUCAAUCUUGAAACAGGGGAAAUCACGGGGUUAUUAGGAGGGUACUCUCCAUCUCGUAGGAACAUCCUCGCUUUCUUCGCAGGUCGUCUUCAUGGCCAUAUAAGGUACCUACUUCUUCAGCAAUGGAAAGACAGAGACCAAGAUGUACAGGUCUACGAUGAACUUCCCAAGGGUGUAUCUUACUAUAAUAUGCUCAGAAGCAGCAGAUUCUGCCUGUGUCCAAGUGGAUAUGAAGUAGCAAGCCCCAGAAUAGUGGAAGCCAUAUUUGCAGAAUGUGUGCCUGUUCUCAUUUCAGAUAGCUAUGUCCCACCCUUCAGUGAUGUUUUGAAUUGGAGGUCAUUUUCAGUGCAGGUAGAUGUAAAGGAUAUAUCCAACAUAAAAGAGAUACUGAUGGGUAUAUCUCAAAGACAGUACCUGAGAAUGCAGAGAAGAGUAAAACUUGUGCAGAGACAUUUUGUGCCUAAUGACCCUCCAAAGAGAUUUGAUGUUUUUCAUAUGACCAUGCAUUCUGUAUGGCUCAGGAGGUUGAAUGUCCAAAUUCAACAGCAAUGACACCACAUUGACAGAUGCAUUUUGCACCAUGUAGUUCACAGAAUGUAGAUUUUGUUUCAUAUAGGAACUGUGUGAUGACCCCAAUAAUUAAAACAUUGUUUAUCUUUUGGUGUAGAAAUGAAGAAUUCUUUUGUGGGUAUAAAAUAUACCAGCCAAUGAGGAAAGGAUGUUCGUGGGAUGUGACCUAUUACACGUCUUUGUAUCAAUAUCUUACUAGUUUGGUGUAUGUACAUUGCUCAACUUAGGAUCUCUAUAAAAAUGGUCAUUUUUUUCUCUCUUGUACGUUACUGAACAAAUUCUGGUAGUGAGAGUUUUUAUUGUAAGAUUUUUUUUUCCUGUAUAAACAUGGUCAAUUUUUUUCUCUUGU